GAAGAAAGAAGGAAAAAGACGAUCGCGUUAGCAGAGUUAGCUUUGUUGUGUUUUCUGAGCUGAAUAUUUGUGUCUCUGCAGCAACAAUGUCUUCAGCUCAGUUUCUGAGAGAGUUUAUCAGGUAGCGACUGACCGCUGCUGCUGAAGAAAUCUUCACAGAGGUUGAUAAAAGUUUCAUCAAACGAUGGGCGAUGGUUUUAUCAUAAAACCGUCGUCCAAUACGUGGAAAAGCUGGAUCUUCAGCGCAGACUGUUGGAAAUCAGACGUAAACACCAAAUAAAGCUACAGAGAAUAGGCUAGAAGCGGAUUAAGGAAUUUCUUCAACACCAUUGAAGAUGACGCAUUGUGUCUGGAAGGAAGAGGAUAUUCGUACUGGCCAGCGGUUCAGCAACCAGAAGAGGAACUGCAUUUUGGGCCAAGAAGAACCAGGAUCUCAGCACAUGAUGGAAAACCAUGGCAAAGGAAAACCUGCAUGGAUAAAAGAAGAAAAGAAAAUAUUAGAACCUCUGUGGAGAAGAGAAAAUCGGGGAGAACCAGAGCCUCUCUUCAUGAAAGUGGACCAAGAGGAACCAGAAUCACAAAUAAAAGAUGAACAAGAAGAAAUUGAACCUUACCAGGUAAAAGAAGAACUAGAAUCUCUGCGGAUAAAGGCCAAACAAGAAGAAAUAGAACCUCCACAGAUUAAAGAGGAGUGGGCAAAACCCAAACCACCCCAGAUAAAGGAUGAACAAGAGGAGUCGGGUCCUCCCGAGAUAAAGGUUGAACAUGAACCAGAUCCUCCUGAGAUAAAGGUUGAACAUGAAGAAGCAGAUCCUCUACAGAUAAAGAAUGAACAGGAGGUACUCUGUAUGGGUCUAGAGAAAGAGCAGCUAGAACUAAAACAGCAGACUGAUACCUUCGCCGUUAAUACCACCUUUAAGGAAAGUUACCACUGGGAACCAAAUGCAAACAGGGAAAUACUUGUCCAGAUCUCUUCUAAAUCUCAAAACCAAAAUCGGGAAAUGAGCAAUUAUCAAGAUUCAGGAUCGAGUAGCGAUGAAGAACUAAAUCAAAAUAAGAGGUGUCAGAAAACCAGAGAUCUCAGUGACACUGUAGACGAUCCAACCACAAAACGACGGAAGACAACACACAUGAAUGAUAAUUUGUCUUCUUGUAAAGUUUGUGGAAAGUUAUUUGCUCGAACUUAUUUGACAGAACACAUGAGAAUUCACACAGGUGAGAGACUUUUCUCAUGUACAACCUGUGGAAAAAAUUUUAUUACUGGAAGCAAGCUGAAAAUCCACAUUAGAACUCACACUGGUGAGAAGCCUUUCUCAUGUUUGACCUGUGGAAAACGUUUUAGUGAUAGUGGAAAUUUAUCUAAGCACAUGAAAACUCAUUCAGGUGCGAGGCCUUUUUCAUGUUUGACCUGUGGAAAAGGCUUCACUAAUAGGGGAAAUUUAUUUCAGCACACAAGAACUCAUACAGGUGAGAAGCCUUUCUCAUGUUUGACCUGUGGAAAAGGUUUUACUCAGCAAAUUCACUUGAACGAUCACCUGAGAAUCCAUACAGGUGAGAAGCCUUUCUCAUGUACAAACUGUGGAAAAAGUUUCAGUGAAAGAGGAAAUUUAUUUCAGCACAUGAGAACCCAUUCAAGUGAGAAGCCUUUCUCAUGUUUAACUUGUGGAAGAAGUUUUACCCAGCAAAUUCACUUGAGUGAUCACAUGAAAAUUCACACCGGUGAGAAGCCUUUCUCAUGUUUGAGCUGUGGAAAAAGUUUUCGUCGAAGCAGUCAUUUGACCGUUCAUAUGCGAACUCACCCAGUUGAGAAGUUGUAGUCAUGAGAAAGUUAUGGUUCAAGGUUCUCUCAGAAUGGUGACUUGACUGAUUAAAUGGGAAGUCACCAAGGUGAGCAGGUUUAAUCCUGUGAAUCGUAUAAGUCCUGGGAUAUAUUUUUAAGAACUAAGUUGAGAACUCCAGAUGAGAUGUUUUUUGUGAGUCCUCCAUUCCUUGGAUUUGACCUUUAACCAACAGCUGUUGGUUUUCGCCUUAUCAAAAUGUCUUUGUAAGACACAAGAUCUAAUCAAAACAAACUGCUCAGCUAAUAAUCUUAUUUUGCUAAUUUAGAAAUUCAGAAAGUCUACUUAAUAAAUAAUUAAUAAUCAUGUUUUUUUUUACAUUUAGUGUAAUGAAAGUAUUUUCAAUAAAACUGUAGAAUUCA